AUGAUAAGUUCGCAACAGAGUGUGAUAGACUAUUGGGUCGCCUAUGACAAGGGGGACUCAGGGCAGAUAGCGUUCAUGAGAAUAUACUAUCAGAUUCCCAUCACAGGAACGGAGGACGCUGAUCUGGCUACACUAGCCCAACAAAUCCAACCUCCUGAGGUUUGCGGUGAACUAGAGGCGUUUAAGCAAUUAAUGAGUCAGGGCUGUAGCUCUGACCUCGUUCCUGGAGGCUAUAUCAAAUACCUUGUGUGGGAAAAGGUGCCCGGGGAGGCUCUUACAGAGGAAUUUUUCUGGAGCUUAGAUCUCUCUACACGAGACGAUAUUCGCUCUAAUUUUCGGGUUGCCUUUGAGUCAGGAGAUGCUGCGUUGCGGUGUAAAACCACACAGGAGUCAAGAAUCUCGAAGAUUAUUUAUGACCAGUCCACUGGUAAUGUGUACGUCAAGGAUUCUAGUCUACAUACAUUAGGAAUAUUUACUAAUGAGUUCAGUCGUAUUUCGGGCUUCCGAAGGGGAUGGCCCAUCCGGGAUCCACUUGAAUGGUCAGACACCCGUUAUGUCGCGUACACGUUGGCGAAGCCACCCAACAAGAAGGAUUGGCGUUCUCGCAGGGAUGAAUGGGAGUUGUGA